UUGGAUCGUGUUUCGCCGGGGGUGACUGGAGUUCGGACGGGUCUUGAAGAGGAACUGUGGCCUUCCUGAGCUUGCCGCUUGCUUCAAGACAUUUUCCGCAACUUCUUACCCGCCCGUGCUGCUUUCUUAAAGUCUUGUGGAAGACAUUCGAGCAUCGGUGUGAGUGAAAAACCGUACAAGCGUUACCGAAACGGAUUUUCGCCGCCCAGUACUACUAAGUGUGCACCGGUGACCAACAACGUUUAGCGUGUCUUACUAAAGUCCUAAGGACUUGGCGAAGCUCCUUAAAGUUAAAGAUGGAUGGUGACUACGCUGACUACGACGACAAUGGACCCAUGGGGACCCAGAAUAAGUGGGUGUUCGAAAUCUCCUACGAGGUCGCAAAUAAAGUUGGUGGGAUCUACACGGUGAUCCGCAGUAAGGCCGGUGUGACGGUUGACGAGCUCGGAGACCACUACUGCCUGAUUGGUCCGUACAACGAGAACUCGGCGCGCCUGGAGGUCGACCCCAUGGAACCGACCAAUGAGAUCAUGCGCAGGACCCUGGAGAACAUGCGGGGCAAAGGGGUCAAGGUAGUGUUUGGGCGCUGGUUGAUAGACGGCUAUCCCAGGGUGGUGCUGUUUGACGUUGGCUCGGUGUCGUGGAAGCUGGACGAGUGGAGAAAGGAAUUCUGGGAGGUAGCGGGGAUCGGGAUCCCGUGGCCGGACCGGGAGUGCAACGACGCCGUGCUGCUGGGGUUUCUCGUGGCCUGGUUCCUCGGCGAGUUCCGAGCCCAGUGUGAGCAGUGUGAAGGUAAGCAGUACCUGGUGGCGCACUUCCAUGAGUGGAUGGCGAGCGUGGGGCUGGUCCUGUGCCGCUGCCGUAACAUCGACGUGUCCACCAUCUUCACGACGCACGCCACGCUGCUCGGCCGGUUCCUCUGCGCGGGGAACGUCGACUUCUACAACAACCUCGACAAGUUUGACCUGGACACAGAGGCUGGAAAUCGUGGGAUCUACCAUCGGUACUGCAUGGAGCGGGCGGCCGCACACUGCUGCCACGUGUUUGCCACCGUGUCCGACAUCACUGCGCUCGAGGCAGAACAUCUACUCAAAAGGAAGCCAGACAUCGUGACUCCAAACGGGUUGAACGUGCAGAAGUUCCAGGCGAUCCACGAGUUCCAGAACCUCCACGCCAUCGCCAAGGAGAAGAUCAGCGAGUUCGUACGAGGACACUUCUACGGGCACUACGACUUUGACAUUGACAAGACGAUAUUCAUGUUCACGGCCGGCCGGUACGAGUUCUCUAACAAAGGAGUGGACAUGUUCCUGGAGGCACUCGCAAGACUCAACUACUAUCUCAAGUCCUCCGGCAGUGAGAUGACGGUUGUCGCCUUCAUGAUCUUCCCCGCCAAAACUAACAACUUCAACGUCGACUCUCUCAAGGGCCAGGCUGUCGUCAAGCAACUCAGAGAGACGGUACAGGAGGUGCAGAACGAUAUUGGGAAGAGGAUUUUUGAAUCAUGCCUUGGCGGCAGCAUCCCCAAGUCUGAAGAUUUGUUGCAGUCGGAGGAUCUCAUCAAACUGAAGAGGUGCAUUUUUGCUGCACAGCGUCCGAACCUCCCUCCUAUCUGCACCCACAACAUGACAGACGAUGCCAGCGAUCCCAUUCUCAACCACGUUAGGAGAAUACAGCUCUUCAACAACAGGGCUGACAGGGUUAAGAUCGUGUUCCAUCCCGAGUUCCUCUCGUCGACCAGCGCUCUCCUGGCCAUGGACUACGAGCAGUUUGUACGCGGCUGCCAUCUGGGUGUGUUCGUUUCCUACUACGAACCAUGGGGAUAUACGCCAGCGGAGUGCACAGUGAUGGGGAUCCCGUCCAUCACCUCCAACCUGUCCGGGUUCGGCUGCUUCAUGGCAGAACACAUCGCAGACCCCACGUCUUACGGCAUCUACAUCGUCGAUAGACGCUUCAGGAACCCUGAGGAGUCUGUACAGCAACUCGCUGGGCACAUGUUUGACUUCACGCGGCAGUCCCGCCGGCAGCGGAUUAUCCAGCGGAACCGUACCGAGCGGCUCAGCGAACUGCUCGACUGGAAGAGUCUGGGACUGUACUACCGGAAGGCUCGCCAACUGGCUCUCUUCAAGAAAUACCCAGAAGCCAUCAGGCCAGACAGUCCCAAGACUCCGCAAUUCCGGUACCCUCGCCCUGCGUCCGCACCCCCGUCCCCGGGAAGUUCCCGCGCCUCCACCCCGCUCCCAUCCGAGCACGGGGACGACGACGAGGACGAGAGUUACGACGACGAGAGCGACCCCAACUUCCAGCCGCCAAUCAGGAUGGUCAGCCGCGGGUCAGAGGUCUUCGAGCGGAGCUACCCCGUCAUCAAACCGAUCAUCAAGAAGAAUUCAAAUUCGAACGGAAAUUAGGCGUCCAAUCAUC